AAAUCGAUGUUUUGGAGCCUGCAUGGCUUGCUAAAAAAGUUUUGCAAUCGUUUGAAAACUACUUCAAAAGGUCACGUAGGUUUUUCAGAAUUAUUUCCAUAUUUAUGCAGCCACUCUCGCAAUAAAAUGCUGUUCUUGAAAGUCCUUGUGAGUUGUUUGAUCGUAAUUCAAGGUUGCUCUGCGUUCCGUUUUGGUGGUUUGGAACUGUACGCGCAGAUCUUUAAUGGAGAUUUCCUGGAUUAUAAACCUUUCGGCGGAGAAAGUCCGAAACCAAGCGAAGAUCAACCUCAUCAACACCAACAACAGGAGAUUUCUUCUUCCGAAGGUUACACUCGUAAUUCCUUUUUGGAUUUCAUUACCUACAAGGACAAACGCUUUUGUUCGAUAGACGAUGAGGAAAUAGAAGAUGCCGAUGGGGAUUCAAAAAAUACCUAUAGGAAGCGCCCUUUGAAGGUCAAAUGCAUUCUAGCAAAAGGAAAUGGCACGCUACAUAUUAUCACUUCGCUCAAAGAAGUUAUAAGCACGCUGGCGCCUCACGGAAAUUCGACCAAGCGUUCUCAGGCCGGAAGUUGUGUCGUGAUGCUGUUCUAUACCAAAACAUGCAUUCACAGUGCGUUGAUGGCACCACAUUACAAUGCAUUGGCUAGACAUUUUCCCGACCUCAAGGUGGCCGCAAUCGAUGCCUUUAACUUCCACUAUCUGAACACCGAAUUCGGUAUCCUUGGGCUACCGACAAUCAUGUUCUUUCACCAAGGUCGGCCACUUAUAAAGUUCAAUGAAACUGAAAUAACGUUGGAGUCGUUGGUCAAAUUUGUAACCAAGCACAGUGGCGUAGAACCUCGAUUGGCUAAUCACAAGAUGACCAUUCAAGUACCGCACUACAUUUCGGAUGAUUUCAAGGGACCGUUAUCCAACAAGGUCGAGAAGAAAACCGACUACUGGCUCUAUGUGGCAUGGAUUUUCAUAGUAGUGUGUGGGUGCUACUAUUUUACCAAGUCCGUUUUUUACGUGCAGAUAGUCGAAAUGGUCAAGCGAAAUUGGAGGGAAUCGGAAGCUCACCAUCGUUAGUUUGAUAAAAAAAAUCGGUUUAGUAUUGUUUAAAUAUUUUGUUAAUUAUGUGUGAUAAACUAAAAAGUAAUAAAAAAUAAAUUAAAGAAAAAA